GCCUUUGCUAAGUUUGGUUUAGAUCUAUAGAGAUCCAACUAGGUUUUCAACCACCACAACAAGAAGCACAAGAGCACAAGAGCACAAGAGGAACUCCAUUCAUGGAUACCAUGUCAAUUCUUUUUACUGAAGUCAUCCUCAUCUCAAUAUUGCUAGGUUCCCAGUGCCUCCAGUUCAAUGUGCUGAACACUGGAAACGUGUAUCAGUUUUCUUCUCCUGAAAACACUGGUAAUAAUGGGGAAUCGCUUGGUACUGUGACAUGUACUGAGAAUGGUGGUGCUAGUCUUGCUGGUCCUGUUACAUAUGCAAUACUACAGCCAGUAUCCGUACCAUUUGUUUUUGAUAGUAGCUCUGGAAUUCUUAGCCUUCAAAAUGAGGAAAUUUUGGACUACGAACAAACCCAACAGUACAUAUUUGACGUAUCCUGUUCUUAUGAUUCUGAUUCGUCUAUCAAUGCAACAGCUAGUGUCACGUUCUUAGUUGGACCUGUGAACGAGUUUAAACCUGUUUUCAGUGAUGUCUCCCUUCAAGUUAGCAUCUCAGAGCUAACCCCAUUUGGUAUGGUCUUAGUAGCAAGAGAUUCUUCUGGUACUAGACAAUACACUGUGAGUGAUGAGGAUAGCGGACCAGAUGGAGUACUACGAUUCUUACCAAGUUCAGCAAACCCACCAGAGCUUAAUCAAGAUUUCAGUUUGAGUAUGGAUGGCUCGCUAAUUCUAACUCAAACAAUUGAACUUGAUUCCGGAGUUACCUCAGUUAGACGUGUGACUUACCAAAUAAGGGUUUGUGAUGGAAACCGUGUGGAAGCAGAUUGCCCAUCUUUAGAUGUUGUAUUACUUAUUAGAUCAGACAACGACAAUCUUCCGAUGUUUGAGCAAGACAAGUACACUGUUACCGUAUCUGAGUCAGUCCCCAUUGGUACUAGUUUGAUUACUGUGGUGUGUACUGAUGCUGACCGCAAUGGUGUGGGAGAAUUUAGUGGUAUUACUGUUGGAGAGCCCAAUGCUCCAGUACUCAUACCUAAUGAGAGAAACGGAACCGUUUUUCUCCAAGAAAAUCUUGAUUUUGAGAAUUCUCCUGUUGUUACAGCUACUUUAGUUUGCCUUGAUAGUGGUGGCUUACAAGAUAUUGCAAUGCUGAUGAUUACAAUAAUACCAGAUGUAAGUGAAGAGACGUCCAGUAGUACUAACACUGAAGGAAUUGUCUCCGGAGGCAAGUGUAUAAUUAUAAUGAAUACAUGUAUUCAUGUAUGUACAUUGAACCACCAAUAUACAGCUCAACCUUCCCCCCUGGUAUUCACUGAUACUGACCUUGGUCUAGCUGUUUCCGUUAGCGUGGUUGUUACAGCAGCUUUUUUCAUGACCAUCGGAUUCCUCACUGGACUCCUAGUAACGCAUCUUUGCUCUCUUAAGAAGGCAGCUGAAGGACAAGCUAACAUAGGACCCACUUCACCAACUAGUCCUGUUUAUGAGGAGGUGUCACCCAAAGAGGUUGAACUCACCACUAACCAGGCAUAUGAAUCAGUCAGACUGUAGGAAUUGUCAGUGAGCUUUUAUAUGGUGUAGUUAACUAUAGAUAGUUUUGAUUUAGUCCCAGGCAUACUUGGUGUCAACAGUAUAGUUAUAAUUAUAGCGUUAUACGUACCUAGCUUGUUUCGGGGAAUUGGGUUUUUCAGGUGAU